GCCUCCCAUUCUUCCCCUUGCUACUCCAUUCUUUCAAUGCUUGCUUGCCGGCGACGCCGUGACACUGCGCCGCCUCGAUCCCUUCCUCCCCCUCUCACCCCACGUCGCCUUGCCCCUCCCUCCCCACCUCCGCCCACGCCGAUGCCACCUUCUUCCCCCAUGCCUCGUUUGAAGCUUGGAAUUUUGACCGAAGGUUGGAUUUUUGCGCGGCGGCCUAGCGAGGCAUCCAUCCCCGAGGACCACUAGCCAUGGCGGCCGCCGUCCAUGUCUACCUCCUCCUCCAGUGCCCCUCCUCCGUCUGCCGCCUUGUCAACCCGGUCUCUUCUCCUCGCCGUGGCGCUCCCCCCUCUCCGCUCCUCCCUCUGCGUCGGCACCUGCCAACUACCCGGCGAUGCCUGCUGGCCCUCGUCCGCCCACCUGCUCGCCGUCAACCAUGAAGCCCGCCCCCUCCAUGGACAUCGUCAACCCAAGCACUGGGAAGCACGGGUGGUCAAGGUGGAGGAGCUCACCGUCGAGCUCGCCAGAGCACUACGCGCUCAAGGCGUCCACAACACCUCCACGUGCUCAAGUCCAGAGCUCGCCGGAGCUUCAGAUCCAGAGCUCAAUGCUGCAUUGUUGACUGGCACAUCAGGGCAACCAGCAGUCCAUAAAAUUACAAAUGAUUUCUCCAUGGAGCGGAAGAUUGGUGGAGGUCCAUUCGGAAACGUUUAUAAGGGUGUUGUGCCAGAUGAUGGCAGAGUGAUUGCGGGGAAGAAACAUCAGCAAAACGCACCGAUGCCGCCUGACAAGGCAUUCAACAAUGAGGUUCAGAACAUUAGGGCAUUACCUUUAGCUUUUUAUACACUUCCAUGUUUGGAGCUAGGACAUUUUGAUCUCCAAAUGCUAGUUUGACAUUUCACUAGCAAUUCUGAAAUACUCAUGCUAAAGAUUGCAGGAAAAUGCUUUUCUCUCUAUAGUUUGAGCCACAUCUAUAGUGCGAUCCUUUAAAUUCAGAUCAUGUACUCCUGGGAGUUGUCUGAAUUUUUUUGUUAGAACUUGGGAGUCUUACAUGACCUGUAGAACAUCUAAAGUUCUGUUAGAAGAUUCUGUAGUUCAAGGUUUGGUCCUCGGCCGUCUGUUUCUGCUAUCUCCUAAUCUUAAAUGUGUGUAGUUUGCUCCACAUCAACUACACAUACUGUCAAAACUGACAAGAUGUUAUACUAUUGUCAAAACUGAAAACUGCUGUCAUUUUAAAUGAAUUUCUCUGAAGACAUAAUUGCAGUGGCUAGUCCUGGAUAUUGGUGAGAAUCAAUAUUGUGGUUGAAAUUCUACGCACACUAGAGUCACUACUGUUGUGUAAAUUUUGAACUAACUCAAGAAAAGUGAGCUAGAAAAUUUAGUACAAGAUCAUUGAAAUUUUGAAAUUUCAGUUUCGAAGCUUCAGUUUUGCAUCUCAAGUCUGAUUGCCACUAAAUUGAGUACAAGAUCACUGAAAUUUUGUUUGAAGCUUCAGUGUAAAUGUUCUAUUUUCAGAGUACAAGAUCACUAAAUACAGUUUCUUGGGGUCCUAUUUUUCAGUGUAAAUGUUCUAUUUUCAGCGUAAAAUUUUGUUUAGAAGGGCACCUUAUUUUUUUAGAUUCUUCUAUGAUC